AUGGAUCCGUUUUGUGGUGCUGGUGGAAACGUCAUCCAAUUGGCCAAGAGAUACACACGAGUAAUCGCUGUUGAUAUCGAUGCUAAAAAAUUAGAAUUCGCAAAAAGAAAUGCAGAGAUUUAUGGAGUCAGGGACAAAAUUACAUUUAUACAUGGAGAUUUCUUCGAGAUUGCAGAAACGUUAAAAAAAUAUAGACCACAAGUCAUAGUGACGUCUUCCUCAUGGGGAUGUCCUUCGUUUAAGAAACACGAAGUUUACAGUCUUGAAAAAUAUAUGUAUAACGACUACGAAAGAGGUGGUAGAAAACUCUUUGACCUACUGAGAAUUAUUGCUCCCAACAUAGCACUGCACAUACCUAAAACUAUAGGUCGAAACGAGUUGAUACAAUAUGGAAAAUCAUUCGACCUCAACAUGGAAGUUCAACACAAUUAUAUCGACGAAAAACACGAUUCUAUAACUGCGGUUUUCGGCCGAUUUUUGAACAUGAACACGAAAUCUAACGACAAUAAACUUUAUACGAGCAGAAAACAUUUCAAGUAUCCAGAAUGUACCGAUUACUAA